AUGACUAAAGUGCUGCUGUGUGCUCUGAUAGUCCUCGUGUGCGGUCCAGUUUCUUGCAUUGUAGGCGACUUUCUCGGCGUUUACCCAGGAUCAGACGCUGUCUUCCUCAUGCUAGCUUUCUGCAAUUUCUGGCACGUGCAGUUCAUCGGCCUGUUGCUGACGUUACGUCACCGGCUCGGCAUUGUAAACGUGCAGCUGGUGAGGAGCGUGCGUCCACCAGUGUCCAGCGACGCGGACCUGGAGCACGUGGUGCCGCGGGCUGGACUCCCGGGGGCUCCUGUGGCGCUGGAGGCUGAGCUGCGGCGACUGCAGCGCGCCCGGUUGGCUCUUCAUCGUUGCGCCCGGCUCUGCGGACGUCACUUCGGCCCUGCGCUGCUGCUGAACGUGUUGGGUUCCUUCGUGACCCUGGUCAACCUUUCGUUUUCCAUAGCGCUGACAUCGCGCCACAGUGAAGCUCCCGUAUCACUUAUAUAUGUCAUAAGACUGGCACUAUCCUUGUGGAUAUUCGUCAUCCUGGCGCGACUGCUGACGUUCUGCUGGGCAUGCUCGUCGACUGCAGAGCGAGCCCUGCAUUCAGAACAGCUGAUGGCCAGAGUUCAGGUUUUACUGCCCCCGCGGGAGACGGUGAACGCCCUACGGCUGCCUAUGGAUGCCGUGCAGUUCUCCGCCUGUGGCUUCUUCAAUAUAAACAUGCCUCUCUUUGGCUCAUUUGUGGGUGGUGCUGUAGCGUACUUCGUCAUACUUCUACAAUUUUCUGAAUACACUUUCGAUUAG